UGAAUUUCAAUAAUAAAUUAAAAAUACUAUAUAUCUAAAAAAAAUACAUAUAUAUGUAUAUGUAAGAACUUGAUAUUAUCGUUGUACAAAAUCUUAUUAAUUUGUAUAUGUAAGAAAAAAUAUUUUUAUAUUAGAUAUUUUUCGACCAAUUCUUUCUAUUGAUCAUAACGUACACGUCAUAUAAUGGUCGCCAUGGUUUAUUCAUCCGUGAGGAGAUAAUUGGAUAUUGUGUUUUUAAGGAAAAAAAGCACAAUCCCUUGUGGAAAGUCUGCUGUGUACAUCGUGCAGAGAAAUAACAGAAAUAAAUGUUAAAUACAUAUAGUAAUCUUUGAGCAUUCUUGCGUGAGGUGCGAAGUGUGUUAAGUGAAGAACGAGUGUGCACGUAAGUGUGUACGAGCUGCGUAAAGGGUUUAUAACAUCAAAGACUUAUGUUUGCAAAAUAUGAACUUCUUUAAUAAAAUCAAUGGCGAAAAUGAUGGUUUUGAGUAUGUUUUGUGGUGCUGAUGUUGCUAUUAAUAAAAUUUACAACGAACUUUUCUAGGCAUAGCCUUCGCGUUUUAAAAGACUGCAUAGAGACGUCAAACGAGCAUGAUGUGUUAUUAUUCGAAAUACAAAAAACUCGAAGACUCCUCGCCUUUUUAUAUUAAAUAGGCUAAAAAAAUACAUUUUAGCAAGACUAUUUACUUAUAAUAAACUUUUAUAUACAAAGUUUGAAAGAAAUACUUGUGUUCUAAUAGAGCAACAAGAAUUGUGUUACUAUAUUCUUAAAUUAAAAAAAAAAAAAUUUCUACAACUUUAAAUAUAAAACAUAUUUAUUUUUAACUUAUAUAUGGACAUAUAUAUGCUCGUGAAUUGUUAAAAAGAGGAACUUUUUCUUUCAUAAACGUUUCUAGCGAAACAAAAACUUUAGGAAUAUUAGGCAUAAUUUAUAUCUAUUUGAAGCAAGAAAUAUUUGAAGUCUUGCAGUGAUAGUAGAUAUAUAUUGAAAACUUUUAUGAAACUUAUAAAUGUUUUAAUUAAACUGCAUAAGGACAAUUUUAACAUCAAAGUUUUUGAUAAAUGGACUUUUUAAUCUUUUAUCACAGUGACUUUAAAUCGGAUUUCAUGUGCAAUCUUCUGAACUUUUCUUCUCAUAUACUAAAAAUGUUACUACAUUAUUUCCUACAUAAUUAUCAUAAAAUCUACAAGAUCCAUUCAAAUAUGAUAUUGUUCUUGGACAAAUAUUAUUGCAUACUGGAUAUCCAUCUAGUAAGAACUUUUUUAUAUUUGCGUUUCAGAAAAAGUUUAAAGGCACCAGAACUGCAUUGGCUUCAUACAAGAAAACCCGAAAAAUCCAGAAGUACAAAGCCUGGAUGACGGGACAAAUGACAACAUACAUUUGAGCAAUAGUGAAAGUGAUCAAAUAAAAAGUGAAAAUAUGGACAAUAAUACAGAUGGGGACAACUUAAAUCUGAGCUGCGGCGAAAAUGAUAUAGUGGAUGAAUUAAAAAUUGCUGCAGAUGAAACUUAUGAUACACGUAGUGAAGUUUCAUCUAGCAGUUCAAAUUCUGAUUCUAGUCAACCAAGUAUAAGCUCUGUUUCCACAAAAUCUUCACGUGGAGAUAAUAAACGCAAUCGUAAGAACAGAGGAAAACGUACUAGAUCCAGAGAUUCUAAGUCUUCUAGUCCUGAAACAAAACGUGCAAGAUCUAAAGAAAGCAAAGGAAUUACUAAGAGCUAUGAUUAUGCUACAAAAUUAAAUUACUUAUUUAGGGAUGCAAGAUUUUUCAUCAUCAAAUCAAACAAUGCUGAAAAUGUUACAUUAUCAAAAGCUAAAGGAGUAUGGAGUACAUUACCACAAAAUGAAGCCAAUUUAAAUCAAGCUUAUAGAGAAUCAAGAAAUGUUUUGCUUAUAUUUUCUGUAAAAGAAUCAGGAAAGUUUGCUGGUUUUGCAAGAUUAAGUACAGAAUCUAGAAGAGAUGGAGCACCAAUUUCUUGGGUGUUACCACCUGGAUUGUCUGCAAAAGCUUUGGGUGGUGUAUUUAAAGUUGAUUGGAUAUGUAGGAAAGAAUUACCAUUUACGGCUACAUUACAUUUAUAUAAUCCAUGGAAUGAUGGUAAACAAGUAAAAAUUGGACGUGAUGGCCAAGAAAUUGAGCCAAGAGUUGCAGAAGAAUUAUGUAGAUUAUUUCCAGAAGAUGAAGGAAUUGAAAUGACACCAAUUUUAAGAAAAUCUAAGGAAGCAGCAAAACAUAUUACGAAGUCUCGUUCAUAUCGUGAUAAUAGGCCUGUUAAUAGUAGUCCUAGAUUUUUACGCUCGAGAGGUGGUAGAGGUCGUAGACUUUUCUUAACUUCACGAUCUCGUUUAGCUUCAUUAGCUAGAGGAUCUCAUUUAGCUGGUAAUGAACAUAGAGGAUCAAGAGAUCAUCAUCAUCAUCGAUAUGCUACUUGGUUUAAUAGAAGUGAUUCUCCUUAUUCUAAAGGAUAUGGUAGUCCAGGAUUAGGUGUGGCUGCAGCAGCUGAAGCGUAUGUUGCAGAUUAUAUGCGUACUAUGCAACAUCAAUUGCCUCCUUUACCUCCUUAUGCUGCACCACAUCCAUAUGAUUCUUUACCUCCACCACCACCACCACCCAGAUAUUAUGAUGGUUUACCAUUACCACCUGACUAUAGCGCAGCGGCUUCUGCUCUCGAAAAACGUAGCUAUGAAAGAAGUGUAGAUGAAUUUUUGUGGAGAACAGCAAGUCGGCAUAGUCGUCAUAGUGAUCAUCGAUCCUCCCGUGAUCACCAUCAUAGAUAUAGAGAUCGUAGAUAAAAAAUUUUAAAAUCUUCAUUAAUCUUAAUAUCCUCAUUCACUUAUUCUUUCACUUUUCAUUCAUGCACAUAUUGUACGGGCUUUCGAGGUAUUGUGACAUUUAUAAUUAUGUAUCGUUACAUUUAUAAUUAAUAGUGUUUAUCGAUUAUUUGUAUUAAUAAUUCAAACAAAAAUAA